CACCCCUUCAGCUACUUUUGUAUGUGUGGUAGGAAAAAUGGAAAAUGUACGUCAGUGUAGAACAGCGUUGGCUACAAACAAAUGGACUUCAUUGGCUCCAUCUGGAAAAUAGUGGUUAGAAUAAGAGGGGGCACGGCAUGAAAGACCGCACUGAAAGUCAGCAGAAUAAUUGUAAGAUGAGUUUAAAAAGAAACGAAAAUAAAAGGUUUUCAAUGUGAGAGAGCAGCAAAUGGAUCAAACCAAAACCAAAAGACAAGAACUUGAUAUUGUGCUCACAAUUUCAUGCAAAAACUGUAAGGUUGGGGUGGGGGGUUCUUUAACCACUGUGGAAGGAAGAGGAAGUGGUACAUGGUGAGAGUAUAUCCUAUCUUUAUUACUCAAAGCAAGCAGCAUUAUACAUUUGGUCGAGAAGCAUGUUACACAUGUCUGAGAUGAACGAUGUCUCAAUCCGUACAAGAAGGGGAUGGUGGAUACAACUGAUGUUUCUCAGCCUUACGGUCUCAGGUAACAUUUGUAUGGAUGUGAUUUUUUUUAUAUACUUGUGUUUUUCUGUAUUUUUUUAACUGUGUUUGUAAUGGCUUGUAUAUUCUCAGUAUGAUCUGAUGUGUUCAUUCUGUCUUUUAACAGUGUGCUUAGUAUUAGUAAUGAAUAUUCAGCUGGCUAACUUGACAAAGCUAUUUCUUUGAACCAAUCUAAAAGACAAGUGAUCCAUUGUGGCAAGUUUUUUUUUUCUUGAACAGUGAUUUUGACACUGAGGUGUGUGGAAACCCUUUAUAGAAUUUAGAACAACCAUCAUGGGGUUACAUAUAGACACCUCUGAAUUUAUGUUCGAUCUGAAACUGUUCAAUGAGUUUUUGAUAUGGUCCAUGAUAUAUCACAAGAGGGUGACUCCUCAAGAUGAUCUUCAGAUUUGUGGAUGAAAAUAUAGCUUUACAAAUAGUGUUUCAGUCAAACAAAAUUUAGAAAGUAGAUUAUUUCUCCUUUUUAUUACUGUGGCAAAAAAAAAUCUACUGUAAACUGAUUUGUGUAGUUGAGAAAGCUGGACAGCCGGCAGGCCAGCGAUCCAGAGAAAUCUACAGCGUGGUUGAGCUCAGGGACUCCCAGAAAAGACUGUGGUUGCAGACUUUAAUGGGACACGAUGAGUUAAAGUUAAAGUUAAUGACACAGAAAGAGAGAGGGUAGAGGAGGAGAGAAGGGAGCUCAAUUUCCCGGACCCCCAGCAGUCUAAACCUAAAACAGCGAAACUAAGAGCUGGCCCGAGCCUGAACAAGCUCUUACUAUGAACUUUAUCAAAAAGGAAACGCUUUUGUUCAAUUGUAUCCUCAGUGUUGUUGUUAGGGGAGACCGGGGCUUGUUGUCACAUUGCAAUUAUCUUUGCCACCAGAGGGCGCAACUAAAAAGUGGAAUACAAGUUUUCUUCCUUUACAUGGUCAGGGGUCGUGUCCUGUCUGAGAAGAGAAGAGCACAUUGUGAGCUGAGAUGAGCGCCAGUUAACCGUUUUGCACAACCCAAAGUAAAAACAAAUAACUUCAUAUAUUUUAAAAUGAGCUUCUUUCAGAUAAAAAUCCUAGCAGUGAUACAUGUGGACUUGUAAGAGGAGAGAUUAAGGCAUCAUGUCAUACCUCAGUCAUUGUUCUGUUUUAAGAUGUUUUUAAGCUAGAGCUCUAAUCAGCAAACAUGGUAAUUUGGGGCAACAUGUCUCAGUCAUUUUGGGGUUAGUUGUCACAUGUUUAAAAGGGAUUAAAAUUAACAUAGAGAGUCUGUUUAUCAGCAGUUGUCGUAAUGAGAUUUUGGCUUUAUUUUUAAAGGAAAAAAGAAUGGUUUAAAGGAGACGAGAAAGCAAAAAGACAUGAAACAUGGCAGUGCAGUACCUGACGUGAUGCUGAGGGUGGUCAGACAGGUGAUCCUAGCUAAUAAAUCAAUCUGGAGGACAAAAAAGGACUUUAAUGUCAACUACCAUACCUUAGCUCGGUACUGCGAAACAUUCACCCCAGCCGAAAUACAGAGUCAGACAGAUCUCCAAGCCCCAGAGCAUGUUGCAUAAUAUUUUAUGUUAACGUUUGUUCAACGACUUUUUCUUUAGCUCAAUGAUAAACAUUUUCUGUGCCUGACUUUGAUGUUCACUUUUAUGUAAAAAAAAUGAAAACAGUAAAAAUAAUUUUGUCCUCGUUUUAUUAUCUGCAAAAUCCACUGUGACAUCUUACCCCAUAUAGUGAGACAACUUACCCAAUGGUGGGGCAACAUGUCUCAUGUUCACACUCUCUAUUUGAUUUCUUAUAACUCUGCACUGACACAUGAUAUGAAAAUGACAUGAAUAUGAAAUAUCUACCUGAGACUUCAGUCUUUCAUCUGGUACACAUUUUGUUUAUAUAUGAUGCAUUGAUUUCAAGAUAUAUGUUAAGAGUGUAAAAAGUGCAACAACAAGCCCCGGUCUCCCCUAUGUGACGACUUUUCCUGUCAGGUUGACCGUAAAUUCUCGGCUACUACACACCAACGUGACCAAUGUGCUGGAAAGUGGAACUUCCAAACCUGAAACCGUCUUUGAUACAGAUCCUUUUACUGAAUUUAAAACACAAAAACAAUCACUGAAGCUGUCAGAAAAAUCCCCAACACAGAAACAUGUUUUAAUUUUAUUCUCAUUUCUUCUUUGGGUUUUUGCUUCUUUAAAGGUUGCGGAGUGUGAAACUCUCAGGUUUUGUUUUAUUUCCUCAAAAAGCUACAAACAAUGAGGGCCUUUUUCAAAUCCUUGUGACCACACAUUCCCUGCAACAUCUGUGGAAACAAGAAAAACAAUCUGCAUCGUAGUAUCUAUGAUUUAUGAUAAGCUGUGUGGACCGAUACAAAAUAGUUAGCUUCCCUCCAAACUACAAAUUCCUACAAUUUAAACAUCACUCAUGAUGAUAAACCCAGAGUAUGCAGUAUAAAUAUUGUCUGAAUUAUGUUUUCAAAGCAGCACAGGCAGUGGUGGGGUAUUUCUUUAUAAGAUCAGGUGACAGGAAAUGAAAUUGGUUAACCGCCAUCAUGCCAUUCUUCACUGAUAUAUGUUUUGUUUUUUUCAGGCGUUUGCUCCCUCGUCACAGUAGACCAGCCUCCUGUGUUAACCUCUGCUCUGGGCCGUGCAGUUAUGCUGCAGUGCCAGCUUCUUUUGUCCCCUGGUGAGAAGAUGAAGUCCUCACCGAUUCUGUACUGGGAGCGCAUGAACGCCGCCAGUACAAGGCUGUGGCCUGACUCUGACGAGUACAGGAGCCGUGUAGCACUACUAGACAGUAACCCAAACUCUUCCAAUAAGUCUAUGAUGCUGAAGGAUGUCCAGUGGGCUGACAGCGGGAAGUACCGGUGCAAACUCUCCAUCCACACAGAGACGAGAAGCAGGAAGCUGGGGAAUGGAUCUUUACUGGUGGUUUAUGGUAAAUACAAAGUUUGAGAUGUUUUGUUUUCAGGAAUUAACUUUUGGUAACAGCUCAAAUAUCUAUCUUUCUUUCUCUUUAGACACCAUGAGCUUUAAUCUCACCCAUCAGAAUGACUCCUUGCUCCGCUGUGAGGUAAAAGCGAGCUGUGACCCUGCCUUGGUUUUGUCCAUUUUCCGUGACGGAGUCAAGCUCCAAAGUGUCAACAGAGAUCCACGCUGUGCUGCUGCAGCUCAGCUCCCUGUCACGCUGUCAGAGAGCGUGUGUGGGAAGGGCGGGGGAAAGUAUGAGUGUCAGCUGCACCUGAACCAAAACCUGAUAACCAAAAGCAGCUUCUAUUACAAUCCACCAGGUAAAUAUCUCUCUCAGUUCAAUUCUGGUAAAAACAAAUUCAGUCCUCACCAUCAAUAACUCAUUUUACAUUUUAACAUAUGACCCAGCAGAUAAGGAGUAGAUGAAAAGCUGCCUUAAAUAUCUUGAUGCAAAUCCUGUCUUUGCCCUGUCACUCUGAAAGUUCAGUUUGUUGUGUCACACAUGUCCCGCAGACUCCCACAGCCUCAGCCUUUAACUUUUCUCAAAGUUUGUGUUGAUCUGUUUUUUCCUCAGUGACUGAAGACAAAAAUGUCUCAAUCACAGCUUCACCAACCGUCUCUGGUGGGUCCCUCCUACACAGUGUCAAACGUUCAGUUUUAUGUGGUGCAGAAAAAAUCCUACACAAAGCCAGAUGGUGUUUUUGUUUAGAUUUCAUCUGAUCUAAGUCCAGGAUUGCUUGUUUAUUUAUUUUUUUCUUUCAGUUCCAGAGCCCUGGUUCUUGUACGGAUCACUCCUUCUGGUUCCUAUCAUCUUCUUGCUGGUAUUAAUUACAGCCUAUUUGUGCAGAUGCUAAGAGUGUCAAGAUCUGGCCACCCACAAGGACGUUUUUGUGACCUAUAUCCUGAAAAAGACUCCUUUUUUUGACUACUGCCUCUUGUGAUUAAUUUAGGGCAAAUUUUCACAAUGUAUGUCUAUAACUGAUGAAUAACUGUCAGUAGUCUUGUUUCAUUCAUUUUGCUGCUAUCUUCUAGUGUUGAUUCUGUGUUUUGGUGUCCUAAGAUGGGGUUGCUCUUCUCUAUGAGAACAUCUGAGACUCCCUGUGAUGAAAGUUUUGAUUUCUGUUACAUAAACUUUAUGUACAGUUUCCUCCUGCACCAAAAAAGUGUAAAUUUGUGCUUCUGUUUAUAGUUUAUCCCCGCCUCACGAUUCAUGAUUUUUGACGCUCUGUCUCCAUCUAGUGGUUACAGGGGGAACAGCAUACAAGGGAAUCCAACUCAGAGAAUCCGAAAUAUAAUAGAAAUGUGGACACCAUUUGAUAGCUAUAUUGAGAAUGGAGAUAUAGAAGGGCUUCUACGUGAUGAAAAACACUGAAUGAAAAAAGUUAAAUGGCUUGUUGAUUGUUCCAAAAAAGGAAAAAAUUAAUAAAUAAAAGGAUGUUCAGACGUGCACAAAGAUCUUGACAAACCCCUGAAGUUAAAAUUUAUCCCAAACAAGGAAUUAUUGAUUGUAAAAAGUACUUCUUUGUUAUGUUCUGUGCAUUCUUUCAGUUUUAGAAGAGAUUAGUGUUUGUGUGUGUGUGUUUUUUUUUUUCUUUGGGGGGGGGGGGUGACUUUUGUAAUACACAAUUGCAUGAAAAAACUGUCAACAUAAUGUGAAAUGAAAGUCAAUCAGUAUAGUAUUUUAAAAAAAGCAACUGUAUCGGUUCACAAAGUGUAAAAAUUACAGGGAUUAUUAUUUCAGUUACAGAUAGUAAAGCUUUAUACAUGCAAAGACAAAGGUGACCGAACCGUAACUACUUUAAAAACAGAAAACAAACUCUUUUUUCUCCAGUAAUCAGAAGUAGAAUCAUGUGGUAUUUGCUGACAUUACUAAAACCUUUAUAAAAUGCAGAUAUGAUCAUUUUUCUGUCAAAUACAGUGUGAAAACCUGUCAAAAAAGUAUAAACGUAUAAUUAAAAAUAUCAUCUGAUGGUGCAUUUAUUCUGCUGCUUUUCUACACUAAAGAUAAUUUUCAGCAUGUAUUGAAUAAAUUCAAACAAACUUCUUAA